CUUAUCUUUAUCAAGCUAAUUUUAAAAUCAUCUAUGCACAUAUUAUAGUUUUAGAAGCAUCAACGUUGAUGUUUCUUCAGAAAUAUUAUGCAUGUCUUAUAUCGUUCUGCCAUUACUUCUAUUGUUAUGACGUCAUUUUAUUAUCGCAUAUACAGUCGUAAUUCACGGCAUCUUGGGGUACGGAGAAAAGACGCAAGCGCUGUGGAACGUUAUAUAUGCUAUUAAGUAAUGAGCAAGUUCUAAUAUAAAGGAGCGUGCGGGAGUAGAAGAGUAGUGUCGCGUACAUAGGUUGAAGCGCAUUGUCGCGAAAUGUACGCCAUCCUGAUUCCAUUCUUCCUAGCGGCCGACGUAGUCGUCAACAACACGUCGGAAUGGACGUACGGGCCGGAAUACUUGUACGACGUGAACAUUUCUUCUGUUCUAAAACCGGCACACCACAGACCUGUCCAGUAUUAUGAAGAAAUUGCUACAGUAAACUGUCGCCCGAAAAUGCCGGACCAUCUGUCCUGCCAUUUCAACAACGCGACGCAAAUGGACUCUAUCAAGAACAACAACGCGAGUCAUGUAUUGCACAUGGAAGAAAAGUUUGAGAUCAAAUUUAACGAGCGCGGCGUGGAAGGCGUGAUCGUCGAGCCGAACACUCUGGCGGACACUGUGAACGUUAUCCGAAAGUUUGCCACUCAGUUUAACGUGGCUGUUGAUCGGAGCAACAUUGGCAUGUCGCACUUUAUGGUCAGAGAGAACUCGUCAAUGGGCAACUGCGCGACGACGUACAGUGUCGCACACGAGAAACCCGGGACGGACACGGAAGCAGAUUUUCGGCUCGUGUGCAUUGACUCACCGCGACAUUUUGAAGUAUCAAACUCAAUCUUAGAGAUGGAGAGAUUUGUCAGCAACAUACAGAUCAAUCCAAAGAAAUUCGAGAGCUCCAGCGAAAUCGAUACAAAAGUAAAAUAUAUCCGUUCCGAAAUUAAAGUGUGGUCAAAUAGAGAACUAAUACACGUUAAGUUAAACAGCAUUGAACCCGCGAAAAAUGAACUUCCGAUACUAUUUUACGGCGAACUGAUCGAUUUAAAUACCAAGAAUGGGAUACCAAACAAUUUGAUAGUUUCAACAAAUUGAUAAAAACGAUUAUAUGAUCUGCCGGUAUAUGUCACUACGUCGUAGGAAGGCUAUAAUUUGCAAGUAUGAAGUGCAGGGUUGAGAAGUAACUCGUUACUUGUAACGAAGUUACGGUUACAGUUCCUUUUUUUUUCGAAAGUCUAACUUAAACUCUGUUACUUUCUUUCCAGCUGUGACUAAAAUGUAACUCGGUUACAUUUUUUCAAUAACUUUUAAUCAGAUGAUUAGUUACAAUAAAAGAUUCUUUAUAUAUAUAUUUUUUUUUAAACAUCCGCAGAUUGCAUUGGGCCUUGCAUUUGCGCAUAAACG